CAACUGGGCACAACAGCGCACAUAGGAAAUAGGCAAAUAAAAGGGAGGGGGACUAAUCUAUGCAGUAAAUUAGGUCAGAUUUACACUAAGCAGCUUUGCUGCCACGGGACCUUUCAAAUCAACAUCUUGUUUUGUUUUUAUCCGGAGGACUGUAACCACCGAACUGUGACUCAGCCUCCACAAGGAGAUGUAAAGAUCCGGAUUCUGAAUAUUUUUCAUGAGACCAGCGAGGACACCUUCAUCCGCGUGAAGCGUGAACACACGUGUCUCGAGCUUUGUUUGGCUUUCCCAGUUCCUCUAAACGUCGAACAAUGCCCUGUGUCCCACGUCCGCUGGGAUGACAGGGACCGUCCUGGUGUUUUCCAGGCAGCUGAAGCCUCCUGUCGCGCAAAACGCGGAGCAGCUGGUCCGGAGCGCAGAGGAGGAUGCUGCUGCUGCUGCAUCUGCUGCUGCUGAGGCUGUGGGCAUGAGGGGUAUUAAUAGGAAGGGUUGAGUGUCACAGGCUUUCACUGUUAAGACCGGGGGGCUUGGUGGAGAGUCGGUGGACACCGGGUCGGGGGGGCUUCUGAAAACGACUGCGCAGUUGGAAUUAAAAGGGAAGAAAAAACGCGCCAUUCGCAGCUCACCGGACGCUCAACAUGGAUAAUGUGCUUGGAGUUCUUAAUUUGGGCGAUUUUGCCCAGGCUUUCUCCAAAAUGGGAAUGUUUCCCGUGUUUGAUCUAGCUUAUUACAUCGUGUCCAUCCUCUACCUCAAAUAUGAGCCAGGCUCUGUGGAGGUUUCUCGCAGGAGUCCCGUGGCUUCGUGGCUUUGCGCCAUGCUCUACUGCUUUGGAAGUUACAUCUUGGCAGACGUCAUGCUUGGAAGUAGUCCCCUCGACUAUUUCCAACACAACAGCCACAUCCUGCUGGCCUCGGCUGUCUGGUAUCUCGUCUUUUACUGCCCGCUGAACCUCUUUUACAAAUGCGUGGCUUUCCUGCCUGUGAAGCUGGUGUUGGUCGCAUUGAAGGAGGUCGUCCGCACCCGUAAGAUCGCCGCCGGGGUUCACCACGCCCACCACGCCUACCACCACGGCUUCUUCAUCAUGGUGAUCGUUGGAUACGUCAAAGGAUCUGGAGUGGCUCUUAUAUCCAACUUUGAGCAGCUGCUGCGUGGUGUGUGGAGGCCUGACACCAACGAAAUCCUCAACAUGUCAUUUCCGACCAAAGCCAGCUUGUAUGGCGCCAUCCUCUUUACUCUGCAAGAGGCUCAGUGGCUGCCAGUGUCCAAGAGCACCCUCAUUGUCGUCUUUACCCUCUUCAUGGCCACAAGCAAGGUGGUGAUGACCGCCCGACACUCUCAUGGCUCCCCCUUCACCCUCAUUGAGUCCUGGACUUGCCAUCUGCUCUUCGGUUCUCCUCUGGCUGGCAGCGAGGAGGACCACCAUCACGCCGCCGCCGCCGCUGCCCCAUCUUCACCUCUCAAGACAAAGGAGGAGCAGGGCGAAGGUGUUCGCAAGAGGAAAGCCAAGAAGGCUGAGUAGGACACCGUGCUGCACUGGUGAAACUGCAUCUGACUCGCCCUCAUGCUGCCCGCAUGCUGGGACUACCCAUUCCUUUCUAAGGAAAGGGGCAGUUUGAUCUUUUUGCCAAAUGAGACCCUUUCUAUUGGAGCAACAUGGUGCCGUUUGCAUUUUACAUAGCUCGAGGACUCUGUAAAUACAAAGCAAAUGUUUCACACAUAAACCCAACCUGGAUGUUCUAAGCCUACUUAUGUACAGUAUGUGCCUGUGAACAUCUGCAUCUGUGCUUAAAGCUGUGUGUUUAUCCAUGUUCAGUAGCUGCAUAGUGGCCUGUGGACACCCCCCCCCCCACAUCCAUAAUUGUUUUACCAGUUUUUUUUUUCUUUUAGUCCAUAAAAAUCCUUAGUCAGUUUAAAUUCUUUGCAGCUCAGAGAGAAACAGAAGAAAACAAGUGAAUCUGAGGAAAUUAAAUAUUCAAAUUUGAAAAAAGUAUUAUGUGGAAGAACAUUUUUGUUUUUUACACACACAAAAAACCCUUCAUAUCUUUGAAUAAAAUCAAGAGAAAUAUUGAGCCCUGGUUUUGUCUGUGUCAUUUUUCUGAUCUUUGAUAAGACGACUAAAUGAAGCAAUCAGCUGGCUUCAUGUGAUCUCAAGUUUUAGUCUCCUCUUCAAAUCCAGUUUGAGAUGAUACUUUAGUGUCACAUAAUAAACUACCUUUAAGAAGACGGAUGAAUCAAACCUUUACAUGGUGAGGGCCGAGUGGGGGAGAGGUGCUCCUGUGCUUCUAGCCACAAGACUUUAUUAAACUCUCCAGGUGGUCCUAUGAUAGACUUUGGUCUGCCUGUUCUUUGAGUUGUGGUCUCCUCUUUGGGUUGGAGUUGGA